CUUGCUUAUUCUUUUGUUUUUCUGUAACUGCAGUUCACCAAUAAAUCUGAAUUCUCCUUACAGUGGAUCAAACUUUGGACAUUCGUGCUGAAGUUUUGCAUCACUGCAUCGAUUGUGGAGCUAAUUGUCAAAUGGAGAAAUUAAAGCCGACAAGCUUCACGUUUGAGAUAGAUAAUUUCUGGGAGAAGGGGGCUUUGAUAGAAUCACCAAAAUUCGUAAGCGGUGGUUGCGGAUGGUAUCUCAAGGUGUAUCCCAAAGGAAACAAUAUUGUAGAUCACUUAUCUCUGUACCUCCACGUUGCCAAUAUUGGAUCCCUGCGACUUGGAUGGAAAAGACGAGCUAGCUAUUCCUUCGCUCUGCUGAAUCAAUCUGGCAAAGAGAUCUACAGAAAACCUGAAUUUUCGUCCGUAUUUUUCUGCGCUCAGAUCCCAGAUUGGGGUUGGCCAUGGGCCGUGGCUCUUAAAGAUCUUCAAGAAAAUGGGUUUGUUGAGAAGAACAAACUGAUAGUUAAAGUUGAAGUACAAGUACUUGAAGUUGUUGAUGAAUCACAAGUUACUGGGAAGAAGACGUUAGGUGUUAGAGGUUUCCAAAUUCUUUAUUCUCAGGUUAAUUUUGUGAAUCGGAUUUUCAUUGACCACCCGGACAUUGCUUUAAAUUUCAAACCAAAGAGCCAAUUGGUGAAGACAACAUACAUGAACAUCCUCCUUGGGCUCAUCGGGAAACUUUACAGGCCUGCACAUAGCUUCUCCGAAGCUGAGCUAAGCAACUCUCGCAUCGAGUUGGCCGAUCUAACAGAAGCGGGCUUCAAGUUAGACUGGUUGAAGACAAGGCUUGAUGAGAUUUGCUUGGUGAGGAAGAAAAUAGUUGAUGAUUCAUUUCGAGUCAAAGAACUCGAAGAAAACAAAAAGAAUCUUAAAGCUGAAUUGAACAUGGAGAAAGCUAAAGUUUUUUCGUUGGAGCAGACGGUGGUUGAUCUCAAAGCUAAACUGAACAAGAAGCAAAAACCUCUCAAAGCUAAACUGAACAAGAAGCGAAAACUAAGCCAUGGUUUAUUAUCCCGCAUUAUAUUUAAGUGUGUUUUACUGAUUUCGCAGAGGAGAGUUUGAACCAUGUGGAUGUCUAAACUCAAACUUGUGUCUUGGGAUUCAAUGUCAUUAGAGAUGUUCUUAUAUUUUGGAUAGAGAGAUGAACUCUUUUGGGUUUUUUUGAUAUGCUUGUAUAAUGAAUGUAAUGUAGAAUUGUGUAUCUUUAUUCGACCACCAAGAUGUGUAUUUAUG